AUGAAUGCCCCUCCAGCGCUCGGGUACCCGCCCGGUGUGUCGCUGGCGCCGCGAGACCAGGUGUCACCCACGGCGGCUAACUUUGGCUCUAAUAACCCCUUUCGCAACCGUGCCUUGUCCCCCUCGGCCGGCUCAACCAGCUCUCGCCCAGAACGCCCACGCUCUACGAACCCAUUCUUGGACGACGCGGAAGCGCUGUCACCGCAGUCGGCCCCUGGUAUGUCAACGGGACCCUCGAUGUUUUCUCCGAUCGAGAAACAAGACAUGACCAGCAACACCCGAGAUCUAUUUGAGAACCUCUCAAUCAAACCCACACCCCCUGCCCCUUCUUCUCAAAUGAACGGUACCCGUCCACCCCCUGAGGGGACUCCUCGAGGCCCCUCCAGCCGUCCACGACCCCCGAGAGAGCGCCCCAACCGACGGCCCGCGGAGGCUCGUUCAAAGGACCCCUUUGAUAUCUUUGCCGAUCCCCCAAGUCAGUCCAGAGGCCCGACGUCGAGUUCUCGCGACCCUACCUCCUCCCGCCGGCCUCGCCGCAACUCGGAAUCUUCCGUGAUGGAUAGGGCUUCCAAGCUAUUUGACGAUGAUGACGAGAAACGCCGACGGGAACGGCGUCAUCGCGAGCGAGAGGCUCGUCAUCGUGAUGGCAAACCUCGGUCGUCGCGCAAGGAUCGCCGGUUGGAUAUUAUUGACAAGCUGGAUGUCACAAGUAUCUACGGAACUGGAAUGUUCCACCACGAUGGUCCAUUCGAUGCAUGCAAUCCUCACCGUAACCGAAAGGGCGCGCGCACAGCACCCAUGCAGGCAUUCCCCAAGGGAUCCAGCAACAUGGCCUUGGGCGGCGCAGGCCCCAACAACUCCAACAUUGACCUCAACCUAUUCCACGGCAGAAUGGAAGAAGCCCACAAUGAUUUCUCUCACACGACAAUUCAACGCAGCGGUACCGAAACCGUUGCCUUUGACCCGAGCGCGCGCAUCGACCCGGUCCAUGGCCAGGAGAGUAUGGGACUUGGAACGAGCACCUUCUUGGAUGGCGCACCUGCCAGUCGCUCUGCAAUUGCACGUCGCCAAAGUGAGAACAACGACGCAGAGUCCGGUGGUCUCCAGCGCAAGAAGAGCCUAGCGCAGCGAUUGCGCGGGAAGAGCGGGACUGGCCGUCCGAUGCUUUCCUCACCGACCCAUCACAACUUCCCAUCUCCCAACCAAGCCCCCAUGGGCUCAAGUCACUCAGCCUCUUCGCGGGGUGGCGAGAGGAAUCCCUUCUUCCAGGAUUAUGAUGAGGAGUACGACAAAAAGGCCGCGCGCAUCCAAGAGGCGCGACUGGAGGGCGGAGGCGGCCGGACGCGAUCAUCCAGUAGCCCGAAACAAUCGACAAACCUGGAGCGCAAGUCGACCAAUGAUCGUGGUUACGAUGAGUCGAAGUUGAAUGCCGGUGGUGGCGGAUUUUUGAACCGAAUGAAGAGCUUGCGCAAGCCGCGGCCCGAGCGUCGGACCAGCGACUAA